CCAAUGACGCGCCGUGAUGACGUCAUCGGGGACGCGCCGUGAGGACGUCAUCGCGGCGCGCCGCCCCGGCUCCCCCGACCGGACCCGACCUGCGGCUCACCGGGCCGCACCGCGCCGGGCCGCCGUGAUGCUGGCGAGGCCCCGGGCCGCGGCCUGGGCCAGGGCCGCCGCCGCCGCCGCCGCCGCCGCCGCUGCCGCCGCUCGCGCUCUGUCCGCCCCCGCGGGGCCCCCCGACAGCCCGGCCCCGGCCUCUGCCACCACCGCUGCCGCCGCCGCUGCUGCCGUGCCCCGGAGCGAGAAGCUGUUCCUGGAGCGGCCGCGGCUGCCGGUGCUGCGGGCCUGCAGCACCGCCCUGCCCCCGCACCGCGCGCCCGCGCAGGCCUGGGUGGAGUCGCUGCGGCACCACGACGACACGCGCCUGGGCCUGGCCGACCUGCACCCCGACGUCUUCGCCGUGAACCCCAGGCUCGACAUCCUGCACGCCGUCGCCAUGUGGCAGAAGAACUUCAAGCGGAUUAGCUACGCCAAGGUGAAGACGCGGGCCGAGGUGCGAGGCGGCGGCCGCAAGCCGUGGCGGCAGAAGGGCACCGGGCGCUCGCGGCAGGGCAGCAUCCGCUCGCCGCUGUGGCGCGGCGGGGGCAUCGCCCACGGCCCGCGGGGCCCCACCAGCUACUUCUACAUGCUGCCCAUGAAGGUGCGAGUGAUGGGGCUCAAGGUGGCGCUGACGGUCAAGCUGAUGCAGGACGACCUGCACGUCGUCGACUGCCUGGAGAUGCCAACCGCGGACCCCCAGUACCUGCUGGAGCUCGCGCGGUACCGGCGUUGGGGCCAGUCCGUGCUCAUCGUUGACGUCAACGAGAUGCCCGAAAACAUCGAAAACGCGGCAGCCAGCCUGAAAACCAUCACCCUGAUUCCCGCGCUAGGGCUCAACGUGCACAGCAUGCUGAAGCACCACACGCUGGUGCUCACGCUGGACGCCGUGGCCUUCCUGGAGAAGAAGCUGCUGUGGCACGACACCCGCUACUCGCCGCUCUACCCCUUCUCCAUGCCCUACAGCGACUUCCCCUAGCGCCGGCGGGCCCUCGCUCAGCACCCACGGGACCACUCGGAGCGGGCCGGGCCGGGCCCCGCAGCGCAGGGGGGUCUCCCGGGGCGCCGGGCGCCGUCCGGGCCAUUAAAGUGUUGUGUCUCCCGGC